GGCUUGGCCGUCACCCCAUCCCAUCCCGUGCCUUGAACGGCAUCGCAGGCUGCUCUAAUUAGACACCCUCCGGGUCCCGGAGCCGGCCGGGCUACCCUAUCAUCCGUUGAGAAGCGAGAGCUCCCGCGCGCAACCACGCAGCAAUGGCCCCUGCUCCGUCAGCUGCCCUCCUCCUCCUGCUGCUGCUGCUGCUGGUGGCUUGCUUCGCCUGCUGCUGCCGCGCCGCGCCGCAGGGUGCGCUGGUGACGGGCGUCCCGGGGUUCGAGGGCGCCCAGCUCCCGUCGAAGCACUACGCCGGGUACGUGACGGUGGACGAGCGGCACGGGAGGAGGCUGUUCUACUACCUGGUGGAGUCGGAGCGCGACCCGGCCCGGGACCCCCUCGUGCUCUGGCUCAACGGCGGGCCCGGCUGCUCCAGCUUCGACGGCUUCGUCUACGAGCACGGACCAUUCAACUUUGAGUUAGGAGGGUCAGUUGGAAGCCUGCCAAAGCUUCAUCUCAACCCUUAUAGCUGGUCCAAGGUGUCUAGUGUGAUAUACUUGGACUCCCCUGCUGGUGUUGGGCUGUCAUACUCGAUGAAUGUUUCAGAUUAUCGAACUGGCGACCUUAAGACUGCUGCUGAUUCGCAUACUUUUCUUCUGAAGUGGUUUCAGCUCUAUCCUGAGUUCCUGACAAAUCCAUUUUACAUAGCUGGAGAGUCGUACGCUGGGGUUUAUGUUCCUACCCUUUCACAUGAAGUUGUCAAAGGAAUCCACGAAGGAGUUAAGCCAACAAUAAACUUUAAGGGCUACAUGGUCGGUAAUGGUGUAUGUGACACCGUUUUUGAUGGAAAUGCUCUUGUACCAUUUGCGCACGGAAUGGGUCUAAUUUCAGAUGAUAUAUACAAGGAAGCCAAUACCGCAUGUAAAGGAAAUUACUGGAAUGCUAGCAGUGAUAAAUGUGAACAAGCACUCUCGAAAGUUGACACGGAAAUCGAUGGAUUAAAUAUUUAUGACAUCCUUGAGCCAUGCUACCACAGCAGAAGUGUCAAAGAAGUGAUCCCACAAAAUAGCAGAACGCCUCAAAGUUUCAAAGAUCUUGGUGUAACUGACAAGCCCCUUCCAGUAAGAACAAGAGUGCUUGGACGGGCAUGGCCUUUGAGAGCUCCUGUAAAAGAUGGGCGUGUUCCAUCAUGGCAGGAACUUGCCAGUGGAGUUCCGUGUAUGAGUGAUGAAGUUGCAACAGCAUGGCUGAACAAUGAUAACGUCAGAUCUGCAAUUCAUGCUGAACCAGUCAGCUCAAUUGGACCAUGGCUCAUAUGCACAAAUGUAUUGAAUUUUCAUCAUGAUGCUGGGAGUAUGAUCAUUUAUCACAAGAACCUUACAAGCCAGGGUUACCGUGCUUUCAUUUACAGCGGUGACCAUGAUAUGUGUGUGCCUUACACUGGGAGCGAAGCAUGGACCGCGUCAUUAGGCUAUGGAGUUGUUGAUUCGUGGCAACCGUGGUUCGUCAAUGGACAAGUUUCUGGGUACACCCAAGUAUAUGAAAAUGAUCUCACUUUUGCUACUAUUAAGGGCGCUGGGCACACAGUUCCUGAAUAUAAACCAAAGGAAGCAUUGGCUUUCUACAGCCGUUGGCUUGCUGGUUCUAAACUGUGAAGCUCGUGAAUCCAGCUAAUGAUGAUGGGAGGCAUAUUUCUGUGUACAGUCCACACAACGUUGUUGGUUCUAAACAGAGGUCACAACGUGAAGAAAGUGGAUAACCCAUACAACAGAUAAGACAAUCAAAGGAACAAAUAAAAUACCUAAUGCCAACUACAUGUUGUAUUCUUUUGGGCAAAUGCUAUAUCAAUGCAGCUUGUUUGCAUGCAUUGUUCACGGUGGCUAAACAUCUGUGAAAAUUUUCAUUGACAUUUUGAAAUUUCAAAGGUACAAAUUAAGGUCUA